AUGGAGUAUAUAUUAUCCAAGAAAUUAAGUCAUGUGGAUUGUUUGUCUAGACUGAUUUCGAAAAAUGUGGAGUCAUUGGAAGACACUGUGAUUGCCGUUUUGCGAGCGGAAAAUGAAAUUAAGAAUGUUUUGUGUAAUGUCAUUCGUGAACUGCCAGUUACUUUACAAGACAUAAUAUUAAAAUUGGUAAAUGAUAGAUUCAUUAUAAAAAUGAAAGAAAUAUUCAAAGCUAAAAGAGAUAAAGAUAUGCGUAGCACAAAUGCGAACUAUUUCUCACACUGUGACAAUGUGUUGAUGUAUGCACAAAAAGUGGUAGUACCAGCCACACUACAAAAGCGAUUAUUAAAAGAAUUUCAUAUUGGUCAACGAGGGAUUUCGAAAAUGAGAUCGUUAAUGAGAGGUUAUGUGUAUUGGUCAACAAUGGACCGUGCAUUAAAGAAUCAGGGAAAGCAUGCAGAGGGUGUGCCUCAGUUGAAAUAUCACCUACCACUAAAUGGCAACCGUGGCUCAAAACAGAUGUUCCAUGGGCCAAACUGCAUGUUCAUUGUCAAAAGGCGUUCAUAUUACCUUGUUGUGGUGAACAGAUUUUCAAAAUGGCCUGAAGUAUAUAAAUGUAAAAAGCCGACAUCUGUGGUUACAACAAGCUUUUUACAUGAAUUGUUCACCAGGUAUGGUAUUCCGAAUACCAUUGUAUCUGAUAACGGUACUCAAUUUACGUCAGACGAGUUCAUAAAAUUUUGUAAAAUGUUAGCCAUUCUGGCAUAUCAUCCUUGGUCAAAUGGACAAGCAGACCUUUUUGAUGACACUUUCAAAUGGGCAUUAAAAAGAAGCGAACAAUAA